AUGGCGGCUUCUACCUUUCAUGAAGCUCGAAUCGUCUACACCACCUCCACCUCCGGCGAAUUGAAUGACAUCGUGUCGUUCCACGGACUGCAAUCACCUGAAGACUUCUUCGAGGUUUGCCGGGCAUGUCGGUCCGGGCCGCCCUUCCUUGAUCUCAGAAUCGACCAGUUCCAUUUGACCGCCACCUCACGCUCGUUGAAAGGUCGACAGAGCUCUCCCGCAGGACUAGCCCUCGUCCAAUACGAGCUUCAUUUUACCACACAUAUUGCCGGAUUGAUGAUGGUCGUGCCAGCGGAUUCGCUAGUCGACGAUGCUCCUCAAGAUCGGACACUACGAAUGACAUUCCGGGACUACAUGGCAUUGGUCACACUUGCACAAGACACUUUUCGGGUGCCUCCUAGAUCACUCAUACAAGCCCCAUUUGCUGGCAGCGAGUAUGAGACAAGAUUGUGGACCGAUGCUGUUCUGGCCGUCUUUGAAGAGUGCAUUCUCUUUCGUGGACCGGAGAACGACAAGUGGCACGAAGGCAAGGCUAUAUGCAGGGCGAAGAUACAGCACUACGUUCAUGCAAGGUCCAGAAUCCGUUUCUGCCUGCCAGCCUUUCCUUGCAAGAGCUACAAUCUCGACAAGGUGGCUGAUCAAUGGCCUGACGGUGCUGAGUACGAAGCUCUGUCGACCAUCUAUGACUUCUGUCGUGAAGUAAAGCAGGUUUAUCCUCCCGGAUGCGUUUUUGAGAUCAUCAGCGAUGGCCACGUCUUCUCGGACUGCAUCGGAGUGGACGAUGAGAUUGUCACUGAGUACAACGCUCGGCUCCGGAAGAUGGCGGAUCUGCUCCAAUACCGAUCACACGAAGAAGGACUGGACGGCUGCAUCACUUUCAGAAACCUACAUGACAUUCUGCAGCCCGUGCGUUGGGUCAGAAACUUCUUCCAGGAGACUUUUGUCGACCUCGAAGCCCUCAACCAUCCUGUCAGUACUUCACGGGCGAUACAAGACGACAUCAAUCGAACAAUCCUUUUGCAGGCCUGUGCUUCGAACCAAGACCACAUUCAGCAGGUCAUCCGGCAAGAUCCCUCCCACAGCAUAACAAUGCUCAAGUCCAAAAGUCAGAGGAAGAAGUUAGCUGAGAAGGUCGCCAUCGAGAUGAUGGCUCGCAAUGCGGCAUACUCGAGUCUUGUGGAAUUGACGAUGCCUCAUCACGUCAGAUUGAGUAUCCAUGCUCACAACAAUGCCGGUCCCAAAUUUGCUGUCUCUCUGUUGACGAAGCACAAGUUCCAGCCGCUGACCUCAUUUGAUGGGCUGAAGCUCUCCACGAGAUACAGCCUAUAUGAUGAGAGACAUCAUCUACACAUACCGACGCCCUGGCACAAUUGUCUUGUGGAAGUUAAGGACGGCCACGACACCACUUACGUGUGUAAGGCCGGGCUGGUCAAGGCGGAACUCAAGGAGUCCAAUGUAUGGUCGCCAAGGUCGGGAUAUGUGGCUGAUCAUCCAAGAGGUGGGAGGUUUGUGUUGUACAGGAAGAGAGCGAGUCGCGCCGAGAGCGUGCUCCCAAGAGUCAUUGUUAGCAGUGAGCCGCAGGCGGUUGAUGUGCUGCGGCUACCAAUACCACAUCUUUAG